ACGGAGGUGGAAUAGAUCGGAUCCGCCGCGAUGAGCGCCUCCUUCCCGAAAUCUGAUUCCACAACCUCGUUAAUGAAAUCAUCGAGGAGGUCGACACACCUCCCCGAUCAGGCAUCCGAGAUCCGGAGAGGUCAGCACCAGCACCGCCACCGUCCCGCCGCGCUCCAGGGCAGCAGCGGCAAAACUGACGAGUCCUUCUGGUCGGCCGAGAGCGACGUCAGCGCUCGGAGACCCCUGUGUCAUCCCUCCCUCGUCGGCAGCCAGGACGGGGGUGCCGCCGCGGCCACUCGGGGCAAGUGCAAGCCCCACGCCCCGCACAGCCAAGUUCCCGUUCAGCAGGGGGCAAACUGCGAGUCGGACCGCGGGUUGACCGAGCGGAGCCGGACUAACCCCAAACCCUCCCACCGCCACCAUCACCACCAUCACCACCACCACCGCAGGAAGCACCACCGGGAAGACCAUCCAGAUGACGCGGAGCAUCCCCAUUCCUGUCACCCGCUCGCCCACAGGGUGCCCUCGCUUUCGGACAGCACAGACGACAGGGCCCCGCUGUGUGAACCGAGGGACAGGAAGAGGGGCAGCUUGGCCAGCGGCGGCGGCGGUCAGGUCAGCAGUCCGUCCCCGUCUUCCUGCUCCCCCGUCCCGCCGUCCAGCAGAUCGUCCCGCCGCUCCCGCAGGUCCAGCACCGCUUCCUCUGCAUCUGACAUCAAUUUAAGGAGCGUCCUCAAUUCACUGUUCGGGCAGAUGCUCCAGGACGCCGAGAGGCGACUCAGACUUGUGCUGUCUUAUGAGGAAUCAGGGUAUCUCGGGCCGUAUCAGGACUCCAUUGUUUCCGUGACACAAAACUGCGUUCUCGUGAGCAACAUACUGGGACAAACCUGUGUCUUCCUGGGUAAAGGCAUGGCAAAGUGCAGGCAGGCUGACAGAGAGCUGCGGCCAGAAGAAAUGGACGAGCUGCGAGAUGCUUUCAAGGAGUUUGACAAAGACAAGGACGGCUUUAUUAGCUGUAAAGACCUGGGGAACUGCAUGAGGACCAUGGGAUACAUGCCGACAGAAAUGGAGCUGAUAGAACUGAGUCAACAGAUAAACAUGAACUUGGGAGGUCAUGUGGAUUUUGACGAUUUUGUGGAACUAAUGGGCCCAAAACUCCUCGCCGAAACUGCAGACAUGAUUGGGAUAAAGGAGUUAAAAGACGCAUUCAGGGAGUUUGACACAAAUGGGGACGGUGCCAUAAGCACCACUGAGCUAAGAGAUGCAAUGAGGAAGUUAUUGGGCCAACAAGUAGGUCUUAAAGAGGUAGAAGAUAUCCUAAGGGAUGUGGACUUAAACGGUGACGGACUUGUUGACUUUGAAGAGUUCGUUCGAAUGAUGUCUCGCUAAGUUCGAACAUCGGUCCUGAAUGUGAAGCUUUUUCACACUAAAACCACGUCCAACUAAAGGACACGCCAAGAACUACUGAGCCAUCAAAAUCUAAACGACACUGGAAUUCAAACUCCUCGAAUGUUACAGAGCGAGGGUUGCCCUCCCACUUUCAAUCAAUAAGUGUUCUUCCUCAAAACUUUUAAAGUUCAACUGAGGCAGAGUUUGCUGUAGCAUAGCUAAAGAUCGUCUAAUUUAUGUUUUUGCACUUUAAUUGUCACUUAACAACAACGUCCUGUGCGGAUAGAUUUUCGCUGUCCUGUCUCAGAUUCUACAUGGUGUAAUUAAGUGUCUUGCAUAAUGUCACCUUCGAUGUUUUCCGCAGCAUCAGAAUGAGGGACUGAAUGUAGGAAAGACAGAACAUUAGCACUGUUGAAUGUUUAUAUAUUCGCACAUCGUCUGUUGUAUUAGAAAUGUACUUGAAGGUACCUUUGUGCAGCAAUGGUGCUUCACCAAAAAAAAUCAAAGUGGCAAUACCCACACCUGUAAUGUAACUUUGUGACCAUGUGUAAUUUUUCACUGUGCCAGACCUGUUCCAAUGAAAAAGCAUCACUGUCUGACAUGCAGCAAAGAAAGAAAUCUGAUCUUAAUGAGACGCAAAUCUCUGAAAUGCCUCCAUAUUUGUUAUCCACUGAGAUCAGCAGAAGAACAAAGGAGAAGAAGAAGAAAAAAGACAGUAAAUGAUGGACGGCUUUUCUCAAAAGCUUAAAAAGUGCUCACCGACACUGACCAGCGUUGAUUUGCAGCAAUACAGCACAUGUUAAGACUGCGUCUUUUUGUGAUCAUGUCUGUAUUCAUAAAAGCCUGUGAAGUAGAAACGGCUGUUUUUGAGAGUCUGUUUAGGUCAGCAUGAGGUCACACAAAUGUGAACUGUAUGUACAGUGGAUCCGAUCAUGUUGUACCUGUCAUUGUCUUUAUGACUCGAUAUGUGGUAACGUUCCAAACAUCUGUGCUGUCGAACAAUUUUUUAUGCAUGCCAAAGAGAGACAUUUACUACAUUUAGUAUGCACAAUUUUGUUUAUAAAAAGAGGAAACUAGACAUUUGGACAAGUUAAACAUAGAAAAAUAAAAGGUGUUUACAUUUUAUCCUUU